GUAUGCAGAAUAAUGAAACUGAAAAAUCUAUGCUGGUAGAAUUAAAAUUCUGGGGUUUAAGACCAUAAUUUACGCAAGAGCUGCUGUAAUCUUCCAGUCCUCUGCAUAGAGACAGGCUGCUCAGUACCUCUGCCAAAACCUUUCUUCCUGUAAUCUGUGCUAAACCUUCCAAGGUCUGUGCAAUUGGUUGCAUGGUGUGUAAGUGAGGCAAUCAAGAAACAGAAUCCCUGUGCCAGAAGGAGCUUCUUCCUUCAACUGCUUCACUGUGCAUCUUAAGGGCUUCUGUUUGCUCUAAACAUAUAUGGGUUUGGAUUUUUCAUGCACAAGACCUUUGUGGACUGGACCCAAAUAUACUGAAAAGUUUGGUUAGGUUUUCAGAGUGGUUUAAUGAUGGUUGAUUGUCACCUAAAAUCACUGUAUUUCUCCAGAAACAUAUAUGAGCUGGUAAUUGCAUAUUAGCAAAACAAACUGAGUCAUUCAAUUAUUAUUCUGUAGGAAAUUCUAUUGCUGUAAAACCACCUAUUAUUAUGUUACCCAUUGUUGAGAGAAUACUCAUAAAAACAGCUGUUAUUUAUUUCUGUUGUUAGCAAUUGAAAGUUGAUGUGAUUGUUAAAGAGCGUGAAGUAAGGGAGAUUACAUGAACCCUCCUCAACAAAUAAGCUCAUGAAGAUGCCAUUUCAGGAGUUCAGAGCUUUCUUUGGAGGAUGGUCUUGCCAAGGAUUAAGGUAGUGCUUCAUCUGCUGGUAGUGUUGACAAUCUAAUCCUGUCCUUGAACUUCUUAUUACUUAGGUACACCCACCCUAGGAGGUAUGUUAUUCCAUAACUACCUGUAGACCUUGCUUAGCAAGAGUGCAGCUGUAGAUAUGAGCUGAAUGAGAGAUUUGGGUUCCUUCCUGUGCUGUGGCAUCUGCAGCUCUGACAUUUACAUCUUUUUGAAGCAUUUUUCCAGCUCCAGGACCCUCCAUGCUAGAUGAAGCUGGUCAUGAAAGUGCCACCAGAGAUGUAUGCUGCAAACUAGUGGCGUACAUCUUCCUUUGGACUUCAUUCCUGAUCAGGUGGCAUCAGUUUCAUACAUAAGUUACAAGUAAUUUUAAAUAUCUGCAUAUAAAACACUGAUAUGAAUAUCUGCAUGCAUAAAACACUUGAGAGAUUUGGCUCAGUUUAAUUGCAUAUGAGAUGAAUUUGAUGCCAUUCGAGUUUUCCAAGGGCCAGGUAUAUGCAAAUUUUAGAAGGUAUCUGGCCACCUCAGAUCUUUAAAUGUGUGCUGGUAGCUAAGGUUGUGGUGCCUUAACUGGUUAGAUAUUCUUAGACCCAACUUAAAAUUCCUGCUGCUAUUAUUUGGUGUUUUGUUGAUUUCAGCAGGCUGGCGAUAUCACUUGAAGGUGUGUUCUGCUACAGAAGAGAUCUUGUCUGUCACUGGUUUCACUAUCACCCCAUGCAUCCCUGCAGUUUAGAAGCUCAUAUAGAAAGUCAGUUUGCUUGAUUGGUAAACUUAGUCAUUUUUUUUCAGGCAGAUUUCUUGUUGCUUAUUGGUGUUGUAUGAGCGUGGCUUAUACCUUUGUAACAUUGUGGAAAUGAACAGAAAUGGGAUAUCGGAUCUAAGACUUUCCUGCCCUAUAGGACUUGGCCUGGAUUCGGCGGAUAACUGAAGUAAUAACAUAUCAAUGGUUCAAAGAUCAGAUAAGUUAAAAAUAGGUCUUAAAUUUGGUGAAACAGUUUGAUUAAUAGCAAGAAGCAGUUCUCAUUUUUCAAGCAAUUUUAUCUAUAUUAAAAGAAACUUUUUAGGUGGGUAAGUAAUUUUGAUCAAAGAGAGCUAAAUUGCUAUUGCUCACAGCUACAAAGAGCAUUGCUACAAGAGAUGAGGUUAGAACCCAGUAGGUUUUGGACUUCGACAAAGUACACCUCCUUCAUAUGAAGUGCCGGUAGGAAAAGCAAAGCACCCAGGCCUAUCAGAUCUGAUAAGCCUCUGCUGUGGUGUUGAGAGCAUAUCCAUGACGUAGCCUGGAUAUCCAGAUAAAACUGGCCCACUGCUCCUUGUUUUUUUCAAGUGCUGAAACAGGUCUGUUUUGUUAAUUUGUGCUUUUAGUACAGUUUUCUUCGGAAGGAACAGCAAUCAGAGGACCAAAUCACAAAACCUGCAUCGUCUAGAAGCUCUCAAAAUUGUUUACUGUUGGUAUUUGUUAUUGGUAAUGAUUUUGUGGCAAACACCCAUGUUACAUGCAGGAGAUGCCCAGCUUUUAAAAUAGUUAGAAUAUGCAAUCUUUUAAAUCUCUGAUUGACUUAUUUGAGCUGUCACAUAUUGUACAUAACUGAGUUGCUUAUUACUGUGGCAUCCAUGUUCCUGCAAUACCCUUUUUUUUUUGACAAAUCACUGAACGAAAAACCCAAUUCACUUUGGCAUUCAGAGCUCCCCUGAUACUAUUUCAGUGAAGGAGCAAUGUUUUUUCUAUUGAGUUUUGGCUGAAACUGAAGGCCCCAAUGGCUUUUGUGUGUGGUCCCCACAGAGCUGCCCUCACAGUUGUACUCACAUCCAUCAAAGGACGCCCAUUCUCGGAGUGUAAAAGUACCAUGUUACUGAUGUCAUAUCUCCAUCUGCCAGCCAUGCUAGUGAACACCUGCAACAGUACCACUGGGAAUACUUCAGGAACAGGGCAGGUUUUAAAAAAUGAAAUACGGUUCAUGUUUGGUUUUUUUUUAUCAUUUCAGUUCACAUGAACAAAUAAAAUACUUUGCCUCAAAUGCAAUGUGUUUGUGAAAAUUCACUUCAGCCAAAUGUUUUUCACCAGGGUAAAAAAGUUUGAUGGAAAAGUUUGUGUCUGUAAUUCCGAGUCUUAUACAUCAAUUUAAAUAGUUCAACAAACAUUACUUAAAGUUACCAGACAGGAGUAAUAAAAUACAGUCCCAUCUACAGAUAAUAGACAGGUAGAAAGGGCUGGUCUGAUUUAUUACCUCCAUUGAUUCACACAGAUAAAUAAUCAAAUCUUUUUAAGGAUUUGGGCACCAAAACUUUAGAAAUUAAACCUGUUGGUUAAUGAGCAAGUACAAACUUCAAGAAAGGGCCUUCAUAGGAAGCUCUGCAAAAAAUGGUAUGUUCACUAUCAUUGUGUCCCUGAACCUGAAUCGACAAUCUGGAUCAACAGAAAAAAAAAAUCCAAUAUGUCACCAAAGGUCAGUCAAACCUUAUCCUAAACUGGGUUGCCCUUCUGAGGCCCCCACCCCUACAACGCAAAGCCUACACCCUAAAUAACCUUUUCCAAAAGUAUCUGUUUAAUUUCUUUCAUAGUUGCCACAAGCCAUGGAAACACAGUAGUUGUCCAUCAGCAUCAACAAGUGAUGUGUUUCAACGAAAAACUACCACCACGUGGCAUGUCUAAUUAUCCUGCUUUCAAAAGCUGAUCUUUGGCAUUUUGCCCUUCAACAGUAUUUGUGAUGUAUCUAGUGACAGACACAAUGCAGUGGUACAUGGCAUGAUGCUACCCUCUUUUUUUCAGAGUUCUGCUAGUAAAAUGUGCCCACUGGGAAAAUAAGAGGGCGUAUCUACACUGCAGGUGCAGGUGCACUUCAGGUGACCAAGCAGAACCCCAUCAUGUGGCUUUGCAUUAUUUCCUGGUGGGAUGGGGCCCAGGUGCUGGUUCUGCGUUGGUACCUCCACGUGGGACUGACUCACACGCACUGCAAUUACUGACUUGAGCCACUGCCGACUAAGGCUUUCUGUGUUUUUCCUUGAUAUGGUUGCUGGAGAUCACGAAGUGGGAGACUUGGUAUCACUGUCAAACUCCUCACAAUUUUUUCAUAUAUCUUUAAAAACAGUAAACGUGACUCCCCUAGGGACAGAGGCUGGAUACGAAGGGGUGACUCCAGCUGACUGUGCUCUGCCCUCCCAGAGUGAGUGAGUGGAUGGGUGUUCCCACCAUUCUCUGCUCCCUCAUUUUAUGGUUUGGACUUACUUUGAAUGCACAAAAGGCUCAUUGACAGCCCCUUGUGAUGGGCUGAAGGAGUGCUCCGAACAGACUGUUUUCCAGGGUCUUGUCCAGGCAUGAUUCCUCAUCUUUUACUAUUUGAAACGCUGUCAUGGCAUGUCCUGAAGAAAACUGCAGAAGAAAUGCUGGCCUGGCUCCCACUUGGCCAGGCUCCCAAGCGUGACACUAAAGGUCAGUGGUUCACUCCUGGGGAAUCCCAGUCCUCUUCCGCAUUCGUUUUCCUCCUCUUUCCGGUCCCCUAAUCUGAUAAAUCAUGUGGGGAGAGGCAAGAGAGGGAGGGGGAGGAGUAUGUGAUGUAACCUCCACUCCGGCAAAGUUACGAGACAACACCACGGUGCCUGCAGCUCGCUGUGGUUUUACCAGUGGGUACUGCUGGGAGACCCUGAAUCGUGCUUAAGAGGUGUGAAGACCCACCACCCCUGCGUGAGACCCAGCAGGUGACAUACUCACCUCACCUGCAGAGAAGAAAGCCGAGGAAAAAGGCGCCUGCUUUUUUGAAGCUGCUUAAUUGCAGCUUCUUGUUUUGCUGCCUGCCACAUGCAGCCGGAGUGAGAGAAGCAGCGGCUGCGUGCUGAGGACGCCCCUGAAGAAAGGGAGGCGCGAAGCCAGCUGCACUGCUGGGGUAAGUCUGUUCCUGCUUCCUGGGUUUCCCCCUUCAUUACAGGCUGACGGCUGGGGGGAGGCAGAGGAAGCGGAGUGGAGUGAGCUGGAAUGCGUAUGGAUUGUUUGAGGGCAUGUUAACCAUAUGAAAUCCCUGCUGGAUUGACUCUGAGCCAGCUGAUAAUCACUGUCUAAUCUCUCUGCUGGCAGAUUCGGCCCGGAUUACAAGGGCGUGUGUCUCUGUGUCAGGCUGCGUAUGACAUGUGUUUGUGCUGAGGGUCUCGGGGUGCGUGUCAGAGAAACGCACCAAAAAGGGUUUUGACUGCAGUGAUUGACUGCCGGAGAGAAAUUUGGGCAAGUAUGCUUCUGUCACCCACAUGGUGCUGUAUCUGCGGUCGCAUGCCAGGCUGUGAGGUCUGCAGCCAGGGGGGCGUAGGUUUCGUUGCGUGUCACGUUUCACCAGAGUGAGUCUGUAUACAACUAGGAUACAGCAACGCCUUGUUAAUUUGAACAGGUUUUAUCCAGAUGUGCAAAGUCAGAAGUACAGUUGGUAAACGGUGCCAGGCACGCUCUAUGCACUUGUAGUUCCAGCAGAACUAUGGGGUCUGGGUGUUAAGAAACUGUUCAUAUUAAUAAGGCUCCACAAGACACAUUUAUACUGGUAUAAGAGGCCUUAUAUUGGGCUACAGUUUUCUCUGCUGUGUAUUGCACAAGCAGUAGUGCUGUUGCAGGAGCCCAGUGGGCACAGGAGAGUAGGGGACAGGUGCAAAGGAAGCGCAGCUACUCUUGUACUCAGCAGUCUGUUAGAAGUCAAAGGAGAAAAUGUGCUUUUCUCUAUACUGGGAGGAGAUGAAACUGGAAGGAAGCUGGUCCUGUGUAUUUGCUAACAGACAGAACUAGGGCAGAUAACACAAGCUGUUGAAAGUAACCGCAGUAAAGUGUUUUCUAGGUGAACUUCCAAAUGCCAUUAAGAAGAUCUCCCUGCUAAAGGAAAGAAGGGAAGAGGAGGAGCAUCAUAUUAUAUAUGAAACUUGUGAUGGCUUCAGUUUGGCAGAAAACUCAGCAAUUCUACAACUGGAUCAUUGAAAAUGGAGAUCCAAGGACAGAUCCGUGGCCUCUGGUCUACUCUCCACUUCCAGUCACACUUCUCUUUGCCUUCUACCUCUUUGUUGUGGCUCUGGGGCCCUUCUGCAUGCGUCAGCGGAAGCCACUGAAGCUGCGAGGCCUGCUGAUUGCCUACAAUCUAGCCAUGAUGACAUUAUCAAGCUACAUGUUUUACGAGUUUCUGGUAACUUCAAUCUUGGACGACUACAGCUACCUGUGCCAGCCAGUGGAUUACAGCCGAAGUGAACUAGGAAUGAGGCAGAUGGCAAGAGUGUGUUGGUGGUUCUUCUUCUCCAAAGUCAUCGAGCUGCUUGAUACGGUUUUCUUUAUUCUGCGCAAGAAACAAGAACAGGUGACUUUUCUGCAUGUGUACCAUCAUGGCACGAUGCUGUUCAACUGGUGGUCAGGGGUCAAAUAUGUGCCUGGAGGACAAGCCUUCUUUAUUGGGAUGCUAAACUCCUUUGUACACAUCUUCAUGUACGGCUAUUAUGCCCUGGCCAGCCUGGGACCACAAAUGCACCGUUACCUAUGGUGGAAGCGUUACCUAACCAUCAUGCAGCUGUGCCAGUUUGUAGCCAUUGCUGCUCAUUCUUCCUACAACCUCUUCACAGAAUGCCCAUUCCCUGAUGGCUUCAACAUUGCAGUCUUCCUCUACAUUCUCAGCCUCAUUGUUCUCUUCCUACACUUCUACUAUCGGACCUACAUUAGGGGAAAGCAGGAGAAGCUAACUUAAAGAAAAUCAAAGAGGAGAGUGAGCGCAGUCCAAUGAACCUGCACAUUCACUGCUGCAUCUAACAUGACUGCAUGAGGAAAAUAUAUUUGGGGAGUGCGUGCAAGGCUUUUGUGUGCAGACUCGCGGUUGCCUUCAAAUAUCUUAAGUUAGGAAGAAAAAAGGAAUGACAUAAACUCAGGGACUAAGGUAUUGAGGAGUACACUUAAUUGAAACUGAUGCAAAGCCAAGCCAAGUAGUCAUCAACAUAGCAGCCUUCAUGAAAUUAGCACCAGAAGAUCUCCUCCUUUCCUUCUGUCUGUUAGUUCAGUUCACAAGGUCUACCAUUCAGCCAUGACUCCUUGUCUCAUUUCUUAGGCUAUAAAGGAUUUUUUUGCAUUUCUAAGACUCUAUCAGUUUACUGUUCUAGAUCAGGCAGGGUCAGGUGCCUCCAGCCUGAAAGCAGCGUCCAAGUAACAACAGCAGCCAGGAACUCACUGGAACUGCAGGAUGCACUCACCUGUACGCUGCAUCCCAGCCUUUCCUAUUGAGAAAGCUCCCACUAGGACUGGGGUGAAUUACAGAUAUAUGGCCCUGAUGGUUUGACUGUAUAUUAACAUAAGCAGGAAGGAAACUGGACAUUACAUCCAACUGGACAGAUGCCUCUGUUCCUUCACCAUUCUGAAACUAAAGAAGGCAUUAUUAGCACUUUCAUUGUAAGAAAUAAACUAAUGCAUGAUUCCAUCACGUAUCACUUUCUGGAAUGCUUGUUUGCCUUUAGUUGUGCUCCUAACAAUAGAGACCGUUUAAUGCAUGAAGACUACUUGGCAUUCCUCCUUAGAGAUGCUGUAUUUUUUUAAUAAAAAGAAUAGAUUGAGAUUGCCUAUUAAUACCUUUUUCCCUCAGAGUUGUUGUUGUUGUUUAUUAUUAUUGUCAUAAUUUUAAAAUUUUGCUUCUCAUCAAAGAUAAAAAGUCUUACAUCACUAUAAGCAACCAUGUCCGCUACCAAUGUGUACGAGUAUUAAUACAAUAUGUAUAAAGUCAAUUCACUGGCUAGUGCAAAGAUACAUAGCUCCAUUGACUUUAUCAUGUCCCUUAUUGGCUCCUUUUUUGCUUCUAAAUUGACUGCAACUAGAAUUUGCCACUUACAUUCAUCUGCAGACAGUAAAAUACUGUUAAAGUCCUGACCUGGUAGUGCUUUGAAAAUGCUAAAUUCCGAUUUUAAACUACAAUGUGAUAUUUAUUGACUGCACUCUACUUUUGUUGAUUAAAACUAGUAUUAUGGAGCAGUGAUUUUUUUCACAGUUGAAACACAAAGCUCUUGAAGGAGAAUAUUAGAAUUAGUAAUUUGGAUGCAUUGCCAUUGCCAAGCCAAAUUCACCUCAAAAGUAUGAAAGUCUAGCUCCUCUGGGAAUGUUCAGAUGCUACUCUGAACCUAGCAAAUGGGCGUGCACAAAAGAAAAAUUGUGUGCUCUACCCCAAUCUGGAAUUUAGUGGCUAUGCAAAAGAAAUGCAACUUGUUCAUCAUCGGUCUGUAUUCACCUUUCCUUUCACCUUGCCAAGCCUUUCCUUUAGCUACUGCACGCACAUGUAUAAGAUAAAACAGUAUUCUUCCAUUCCUUGCCCUCCUGCCCUUCACACACAUACGCAAAGGAUUCGUUUACAUUACCACAGUGAUACAUCAUAGAUAUAAUUUCAUUGAUUUGAAUAGUCUUUCUUCUGAUUUUCACUGGUGAGUAUGGAAGAAAAUCCUGCUGUGUAUCUAACAUACUGUAUUCUUGUUGAGGGCUUCCCCAGAGACCUCUCCAGUACUGAAGAUUUAGUGCAAGUAAAGCUGUUUCAUUACUCCUAUGCGCUUAAUGAUUCACUUUUGGUCCCCUAGUUUCAUAGUAGAGUGUACCUUCCUGCAGCUGGAUAAUUUAUCUGUGCUUAUAAAGAAAUCUAAUUAAUUUAACUCUUUUUUCCUAUAUGUGAGGGGAUCAUGAGUACGUGUCAACCUUAGUUUCCCUUCACAUAAGCUUUUUCAGAUUGUAGUUACUAAUUUCAAGGGCUUCACUAAUAAUUUUAUACCAGAGUAAGCAUCACAUAUUUUGAUUUUCCUUGAUUCAUUCAUAGUUCAUGACUGCUUAAAAAUUAGAAAUGAGCAGGAAAUUUGGAUGUGAUUAGUCAAUAUUUUUUGCAAAUCCACUCCUUUUUAAAAAAUAUAAAUUUGUAAACACAUCAUUUAGCUUUUUCUUAAGCAGCCUGUGAAGCUCAAUUUGCGUCCGUGUAUAACUGAGCUUCCUGCAAUGGAUUCUGGACUGUGACUGGCCACAGAGCUGGUAACAAAAUACAAAAGUAUGAAUUUGCUACCUAACAACUUGAAGUAAGUGACUGAUCCCCUAAAUCACGUGCCAGUGUAACUAUUUGUCCUAGACAUGCAACCUUUGAUCUAUCUGUUCCACUCACAGCCUGAGUGAGUGGCCUGAUCUUGCACUUUUGAACCAGUAAGAGCUUUUUGUCAGUGUGACUUCAAUGGCCAUAGGAUGAAAAUGAAGUAUUUGCAGUUGGGUGAUAAGAGGGGAUCAAGUUUGCCCAGGAAGACCAUGCUUUGCAUACCUAAAUAUUGGUAUGGAGUACAGCCAUUACAAAAAGAAUCAAUGCAAACAAAAUUCACUUGUGUGAGUACUUGCACUAGCAGUGAAGAUUAAAUUGCAUAGUAUAGCUGAGUGGCUCUGCAGGUCUUGAUUCUUUCCUCCUUUUGAUUGCGCUCACUUGUCUUCAUUCUUCUGUUUUACACUGGGAUAUCACAGUUGGCAUUGUCCACUUGGGGCAUCCUGUUGUGACAAGAGCAAAAAGCCAAGAGUAGAGGUACAUGUUCCUGGAGUUUAAAAGAGAAUAAAGGCACAGAAUGAGAUUUUCCCUUUAAAAUCAAGUCCCUAGAGUUAAAGAUUACAGCACAAUAAAGCACUGUAAGUCAAAAAGGCUGGGAAUUACAAAUGGCAAGUUUGGAUGAUUCAUGCUAUCUGGCAGAGUCCAAAGCUUUGCGGGUGAAUUGAAAAUACCCUGUCACAGCUGGAUUUAUAAAAACCUCUGGGCCAAAUGCUGAUUCCACCAAUAUCAAUGAGAAAGCCCGCAGAUUUCACUGGAAACAAGAUAGCACAGCUGUGUGAAAAACAAUGCACUCCGCUACAGGGCCUGGUUUGCGUGUGAGCAGACUGGAGUGUUUUUCAAGCUUAAUAGAUGACUUUUAAGGGCACGGUUGUGGGCAAGUUUCCCCCUUAUAAAAUGUGGGUCAUUAUAUGUUCUUGGAGUAGUUUAUAUUCACAAGAUGUAAAGCAUAAUGCAAGUAGUCUGUUUAAAUGAAUAAGCCUGAUAUCUGGUAGUGCUCAGCAUCUUUUCUGCUGUUCAAGUCAAUGUAAAUUAUGGAUGUUCUGAUCAAAUUACUUUUGAAUUAACCAGACCAUUUACUCAAUGCUUACUUUCUCUCUGAAGAUAAAUGAGAGGGAUUCUCAUUUUAAUCAAAACAAAAUACAGAAAAGAAAAUCAAUUACUAUUUAAUGUUUUUUCCAUCAGUGUAUGAUGGAAAGUUUCCAGAGGAACUUGGGUUUAAAAUGGCAAAAUAAUAUAAAAUGCAGGAACGUGGUUGGGGUUUAACUAUCGGAUUUUUAUUAUGUACUAUCAGAAAUUAUGACAGUGUGUGUGGUUUUUCAAAAAAAGCAGAAGAAUUACUCUAAACAACUAAUUAAGCAAAACCAGAAUGCAGUAGAUUGCUUGUACAAUAAAUAAAAAUCUGUUGAUACAGAUGUAAAACACCUCCAAGCCAAACAUAAAAAAAGAUCAGCCGACUCUAUAUAUAGAACAGUGUGAAUUUGCUGAAUUCAUUAAUGAAUAACUUCAUGGAUUAGGCCUUGAUAGAUGGAGUGCUCACAUCCAGAUGUUUACUGUGAUUUGUCAAUGGCCUUGUACUUAAUCCUCCCGAACAGGAAAUAAGAGUCUUUUCUCUGGGGUCUCCCUUGGGGACUGUGGCAGUCUCUCGCUGGCCUGAAUCAUCUCAACAUAGGAUCAGGCUGCUGGGGAAUUAACCAAGUGGAGGAGGCACAGAUUUGCCUUUAACCCCUUCGGUUUCUUCUCAGCCUCAGAUGGCUUCCUUGCCAUCUGCCAUGAUGGGAAUGUUAUUUAGUCAUGGUGAAUUAAAAAAGGAGUCACCCAUGUCGUCCCGUGAGGCAUAUUUGUGGGGUCCCUGUCCCCACAAAAUGUGUCAAAGCAGGCACGUCUAGUCCCACCGCCACUGAUGGGGAGGGCUGAGGGCAGAUCAAGCCUCUAGAUGCUGGUGCAUGCCUCUUCACAUCUCAGCAUCAUAUUUUUUAUUUUGGUGAAGCUGCAGCGCCACAGCCACUGCCAGUGAUAAGGGAUGGCCCAAGAGGGAGUAUUUGUGAAAAGACUGGAUAUCCCCAAGGUGUCCUUAGUCAGGUAUGCCAGAGGGUGUGUAGUGUGUGUGUGUGUGUGUAGGUAGAUGAACGCAGCCUCUGCAGACCACCUCUAUUUCUCAUUUCUCAACAUGUGAGACACCCACAUGGGAUGGGUUACUCAUUUUGCUGUGUGCAAGUGUCCCACUGAAUGAGAGCUCCCAGCAGCCACACCACUGCCGCUCCUGCUAUGUAAUGAUGUGUAUUUGGUGCUGCUCAUGAGCCCAUGAUGGCUUGGAUCAGCCAGUUGUAUCUGUCCCAGCACCCAAGAGCAGGGGCAGGUGAGAGAAAAGCUGAAGAUGCAGCAGGGCUUUGGGUGGCAGUUACAGAAGUCUCAUACCUGGUGCACAUGAUUACACUGGUCUGAGCACGGGCAUGUAUUAUUCAUGUCUCCUGCAUGACGGCUGCACAGGGCAAAAGGAUAUGAUCCUUCUUUUCUCCCCAUGCAAGAGUUGGUAACGUAGCAUUGGGGAUGCAGCCUGCCUUUAGGCGAAGGCAGAUAAUCUCUAGCUUGGACAGUGUUUCUUCUUCUGCAAUGCCUGUAUGAACCUCUCAUAGGCGCUAGGUGGUAAAGUAGGGAAUCUUAAAAGAUUCACCGUUGGGCAGCCCCUUGAUGCUGCCUAACCAGGAGAGUCCCAUUUAUUAGCCGCCUGUCCUGCCUCAGGAGAAAACCUGCAAAUGAGUCUGCAGGAUAAGCCACUAAUGGUGCUGUGUGGACAAGGUGGAGGGGGGGAAAGCAACACCCCAGUCACAGAGGAUGACAAAAGGCAUUAUAACUGGAUUAGAAGAACUGAGUGUCAGUGGGAACUGGAGAGAAUGGCAAGUUUUGGUGUGGAUGUGCUGGAAUGUAAGGGACUGAUUGCGUGUGUGCAUGUGCUCAGGGCAGAAAAUACUUCUUGCUAAAACACAAGUAGGGGGAGAAAUAAAUUCUUUGUCAAAGUAUGCCUGGUUAAAAUAUUAGUAGGCUAUUUCUUCAGCACUUGAUACGUCCUGCUAUUCUCCAUGUUAUAUUUUCUCUCCAGGACCUUCACUUUCUUCGGUAGGACUGCUCUUCAAGAAACUGUUCAGUGUCUUUUCAUCACAUUCAAAAAAUAAGGGAUGCUAAAUAAGAAUUGCCAUUUGAAAUUCCCUGCUUGGAGUACAUAGAUGUUUCUUCCCCUUUAACAUCAUCCUUCCACUUUCUCUUCAUCCCUUCUUCCCCUCUUCCUUUGUAUGCAAAUAUACAGAUACCAUACUAGAUUCUCAGAACUGUUAAAGCUGCAAAGAAAGUAGUUAUAUUCUACUCAAACACUAUAGAGAGCAGCGAUAUUUUCCUGCUAUAUCAAUUAAUAAUGUACAAUUUCUUCAUAGGGUUUUCAGUGAGGCUUUCAGCAAGGUGAAUGGGGGCAAGUCUGUCUUUUUCUCCAUACUUUAGCAUUAUCCCAUCUGCCUGCAAAUUGAGGACGCGAACACGCAACAUUUGGAAGGGCUAGAAACUUGGGUUUAAUCAAGGGCGAAUUUAAAAUCAGUGUAAUCACUCCCGGGCGUCAGAGAAGUGCUGCUCCCCGUUGUUGAUGAAGGAACGGCAGAAUGGGUAAAACCGUUUGAGAGGCAGCAAGUUUAGCAGCCCUCUGUGCACUUUCUUCUACCCUGUACGGUGUCCAUCAGCCUCCCUGGGCUGUGUCCCCAGAGGCUGUCUGCCACAGUCCUGAGGACGCCUACUGCAUAGCAGAAUUCUUGAAAGCGACUCGAGGAGUGGGAAUUGAAGUGUAGGAAGAGGGUUGAGAAUGGAUGGGGUGAAUUUUGUGAAAGAGGGGGGGGAGAUCUAUGAUGGUUAGCAUGUAAAUGUCCAUCUAGAGGGCUGGGGUUUGUUCUUGGGGCCUGUGGGGACUUGUCUAAUGCAAUGACAGGUCACAUAAAUGCAGGGUGAUUGCAAGCAAAGGCAAAAUGUAACCCUUGCGGGAGGAAGUCCCUGGAAGGGGGUUUUGCAGGUGCGGACAAGGGUGUAUAUGUUCAAACACAUGCAGAAACAGCAGACUGAAACAAAAAAGUACAGAGGUGAGGGAGCAGGCACAGAUGCUGGCAAGUCACCUGUUUUGUGUUGUGUUACUGGUUAUAUUCGUAUGCAGAUGAAAGCACAGAUGAGCGUCUGUGGAUGCCUGCCACUAGCCCUGUGGAAGGGACAUACUCGCUGAGCAGACUCCAAAGGUGUUUGUUGUGAUAGCCAGGUGCCACGGUUCCUGCCAUGCAAGUUAUUAAUUUUGACUGGCGUUGCCUCCGGGAGAUCUAUAUGAACUUGUCUAGGGAUGUUUCCCCUUGAAAUAAAUGAUUAUUCCUGAGGCAAGGUUUGGAGGGAGAAUAUCUUGCAUUAGAGGAGCUGACAGAGCUGGAAAACCAGAAUAAUUUUCCAGUUGUAAUCGUCUGGUUAUAAUCCCUGACGUGCAUGGGUAACAGAUCAGCCGUUACUUGUUGGGGUGCACAGGUGUGUAUGUAUUUAUUUCAGUGUUUGCUAGUCCCAAAGGGUAUUAUGCUACAUUUUGCAGGUUUGAUACAUUAUUCCAUUAAAUAACUAUAAAUCAAAGGGCAAUUAUUUUCAAAGGGCUCCUUUAGGAAACUUACCUGUAAUUUUGCUUCUAGCAAUUACUUGUGUGAGUAGAGUGGUCCUUUACUUCACCGGCACAGUGGUAAAACAGGUCAGUGAUUCUGUGCUCAGUUCUCAGAGAUAAAUUAUUGAAUACGACCAUGUCAUGGGCAAAUCAUCACUUACAGUAACCAUUUAAUAUGUUUUUUUUUAUUUUGGCACUGUUUUUAAUAUCUUUGGGCAUAUUUCAUACACAGAGAUAAUAUUUUAAAUUAAGUGAAGCUAGGUAAACUAUUCGAUGGAGCUAUGAGUACUACCACAAGGAUAUAGUAAAAAUGUCACUGCAGUGAAGCCAACUGGAAGGCAAAAUGGUUUUUCACUUACUUUAGUAUUUUCUAUACUUGAUUUUGUUAGAAACCCAGAAACUCCGCAAGAGUGGACUGGUAUAUAUAUGUAUAGGUUUUAAUCCUACAGUAUUUGUAUACGUUUAGGAUAUUCCCCUGUGGACCUUGAAUAGAAUAGAUGAGUUCAUGGUUUGAAUAUAGAAAAUAAGAUCUUAGCAUUGAUUGUAUUACUGAGCUGUAAUUGAAGUAAUUGUGUAAAGCUGCUUCAAUUCCUUUUC